GACAAAUUAGGCAGUUGAAAUGUUUGAUGCUACAAUAGAGUAAUUCCAAUAAUUUGAAUAGUCAAAGUAGGAUGUAAACCUCUAAAAGAAGUCCAUUCGAUGAACAAGUACGCCAUCAUCAUUCUAGUUGAUAUCCUUGGUGCUUGAAUCUUUUACUGAACGGGUGCGUCUAGUGGUGGUGGAGUUUGACAUCAAAGAACAGAUAUAACAUGUGUAACUGAACUGUUAGGAAACAAAAUUGCUUAGAAAUUAUGGAUAUGUGUAAGGUUUGGAGAAAAGCUUGCAUUCAAAUGAAAUUCAUGAUCUUUUGGAAGAAGGUAAGAAGGCAAAUGCACCGAGUUGAAAAUCAAAUUAAUCUGAUUUAAAAAGAAUAUAUGUAAUGGAAUAGUUGUGACUCUUAAUGAAAGAGUACAAAGGGUCCAAUGCUAAAUGAACCGGAGAGAGAAGCCCUCCCUUCUCUCUAACUUCCCUUCCAAAUUUACCUCAUCUUCAUUCCAUGUCCCAACACACUCUAGACCCUACCUUAAUAGACACAUCUAUACCUCCAAAACCUCCAGAUCCAUUAAUUGAAGUUAGAUCACUAGCAGAUGAGAGAUUACCCUCCUUCAAGGAUAAACUCUUAUCCCCAGACCCAAUAAACUUCUUUCAUGGACAACACGUUUCCUCUUUUCCCAUAACUAAUGAUUUUCAUGAGGCCAUGCCUGCGACUCCUCUUCAAGAUGAUCCAACACCCAGAGAUCAUGCUAUUGUUCUCUCAUCGGAGGAAUUGCAACGUCUAUAUGAACCAUGGAAAUUCUCGGUUAUUAUCAAAUUAUUUGGUAAGCGUAUCCUUCAUCAAUAUCUCAAAAAGAAGCUUCAUGAGCAUUGGAAACCUACUGAACAAUUUCCACUCAUUGAUCUUGGUGGUCAAUGGUACAGCUGGGGAUCCCACUGCUCAAACAUAACUUCCGAGAAGCAAAUUCAGUAGCACACCUUUUGGCAAAAGACAGUACAAAGCUUAGGAAUAUGAACAAAACAAUCAUCCAUCAUGCACCUACUCCAGCGGUGAAGGCAGCAAUGAAGGAUGAUGCUUUUGGGAAAUCCUACCUUAGACUUAUAUCGGAGGAAUCUUGUACUAAGUUAGCUAGUAUGGGGAAUAUUAAUGCAAUUAAUAG